UCUUCCACUAAACAGCGAGUCGUUGACACAACAUUCGGCUCUCUCGCUCGUCUCCGCAAAACUACGCUCACCUAUUGCACGCGUCAUCAGUGAUUGACUGCUGUAUGCAGGAAUAUAUACGGAGUUGUCAGAGAUUUUGAAAGACAACACAAUCGUUAUGACUAAUCAUAGACACACGUGCGGAAUAAUGAAGACGUUGGCCGCCACUUGAACGACGGUUUUUGUCCUCUGGUUCCCGUCAUUAAUAACAGCGGCUGAGCUCUCGGAUGGAAUGGUCUGCACUUUCACGUCGGCCAACUACGCGGUCGGUGACGUCUGGUAUCCGAGACUGGGUCAACACGGGACCCUCCACUGUGUCGCAUGCGUCUGUCAAGAGGGCGGGAAAAUCAAUUGCACUAUCCAAAAUUGCAGCGGUCCCGAAUGCACCGGGUCCGAAUCGUCCGUCGAGAAUCAUUGUUGUGCCCGCUGUUCCAAAGUGGGGCAAGAUGCGAAAUUGCCAACAUCCAUUACAACUCCACCAGCUCCGGCGCAUUCGACUCGCGUUUUGCAGGAAAACGUUCGGGUGUCAUCAUUUUCAUUAUCGGAUUUGAGUAGCAGUUCGACGUCAUCUGGCGUCACAUGCUUACAUAAUGGCAACGUCUACCGUCAAAUUAGCAACUGAAAAUGGAAAAAACAAAACAUUUGACACUACCGUUAAAGGUAAUCUCGGGAGGUCACGUACAACACGGAAUUGAUUUGUACCACCAGAAUUCUGCUGUCCCGCAUCAGGGAUUCGCGUCUAUUAAAAGAGUUUUCGGAUUCCUCGAUUCCUCCUCCGGUAUCCGUAAUAAUAUCGUAAUCCCGCGGAACUCGAAUACGCUGUUCUAUGGCGCCGUUUUAUGGCGUUGUGUAGAUUUGAUGUGGGCUGCUAUCACGCAAUCAUGUAGAAGGAGUACGUAAUUUUCUUCUUCAAAUUAAAGAUCGCUACUUGGGUGCUGAGAAUUCAUUUAAAUAAAAAGACAAAAUGUCACCUCGUGUGUUUGGCCGUUAACCCAAAUGUCAUUUUAAACAAAUUAUUAUUUUUUUUCCUUCUUGAAUUUGAAUCGACAGAAUGCUGAAAUACGUUGAUAUGUGCAUCAACGAAGAUUUAGUUUAUUUAGCCCAUUCAGUGACGUGUAAGAAUCUAAGAUGAUGCCAUUCUUGUGCAAUCUUUCCAAUGCUAAAUCUCAGUGUACAUUCAGCAAAGAAAACAUCAUGCUAUUAACUUGUAUUUAAACUGAAUCUAUACAUCUGAUUUUAUGCAAUUUGUUUCCGAUUUUCAUGAUUGCUGUCGUUUAGGAGUGUAAGAUAAUUGAUUAAGCCACGACGAUACGUGAAAUGGCUGUCAACAGGGGGUUCAUUCCGGCUCCGCAAGCGCCACGGUAAUCGUCCAAA